ACUGUCCAGAGACCUCUGGGGUCCCGAGAGCAGUCAAGAGAGAAAGACCAUGGCUGCUUCAAUCAGCACCAACUGGAGGCAGAGCGAGAAUGCCCGCGAGCACCACACCGACCAGUACCCUGGCACUGGGCUGGUUUUGCGACGGGCCCAAUCGUUUGGGAUCACACUGACCUUCACGAGCUCAGCUCUGGCUGCCGACGGCAUCACCUUCUCUAUAGACAGAGGCUCAAGCAUUGCCCUGCAGGCCAAAACCCGAGUGGACUUCGGCAUCUCCAGCGCACACAGCAAAGGCUCUUGGAGCGCGGUGCAGACCUCAGGUCCUUCUGGCUCCUUGAACGUCUCCAUCUUCAGCCCAGCAAAUUCUGCCAUUGGACGUUACCGGCUGGGCGUCAAGACCAGCUCCAGCAGCAGUGUUUCCAUCCUGGGCACUUUCGUGCUGCUGUUCAACCCUUGGGUGCCAGAGGAUGAAGUGUUCAUGCCAGACAACGCAGAACGUCAGGAAUAUGUCCUCUCGGAGUUUGGUGUUGUCUUUGUGGGGAGCACAAACCGCAUCUCUCACUUUGGCUGGAACUAUGGGCAGUUUCAAGAGGACAUUCUGGACAUUUGUCUUUUCAUUCUGGACCGGAGCUUAAGCCACCGCAAGGAUCCAAUUGCUGAUCUGCGUCGCCGGAAUGAUCCCAAAUAUGUUGGACGGGUGCUGAGUGCCAUGGUUAACAGCAAUGAUGACAAUGGCGUGUUGCAGGGAAACUGGAGUGGGAAUUACAGUGGUGGGGAAAGCCCCAGCAGCUGGACGGGGAGCGUGGACAUCUUGCGCAGGUGGAAGAGCUCAGGUUUCAGGCCCGUCCGCUACGGACAGUGUUGGGUCUUUGCUGGAGUGCUGAACACCGUCCUCCGAUGUCUGGGAAUGCCCAGCCGCACGAUCUCAAACUUCAACUCUGCCCACGACACGGACAUGAGCCUGACGGUGGACGUGUACUACGACGCCGAGGGGAAUCCUCUGAACAUCGCCUCUGACAGCAUCUGGAACUUCCACGUGUGGAACGAAGGCUGGUUUUUCCGAUCUGAUCUUGGUGCCACCUACCGCGGCUGGCAAAUUCUGGAUGCCACUCCACAGGAGAGGAGUUCAGGCAUAUUCCAGUGUGGACCAGCAUCCCUGACGGCCAUCAAGGAGGGAGAUGUGGACCUGCCGUUCGACUCCCCGUUCGUCUUUGCAGAGGUCAACGCUGACCGUGUCACCUGGCUGUAUGACACCACCAACGGCGAAAAAAAAAUGAUUUACUCGGAGACCAGAUCAGUUGGCCAGUACACAAGCACAAAAGCUGUUGGCAGCUAUACCCGCCAGGACGUCACAAACAAUUAUAAAUAUCCAGAAGGCUCAGCCAAGGAAAGGGAAGUCUUCAAAAAGGCACGUGGCAAGCUGAACCUUGACCCCCUCUUGGCCACAUCUGCCAAGCUGCCCGAAAAAGAUAAGCCCAUCUCAGGGAAGUUUAAGGUGGAGAAGCCCCCAGAGGUCGGCAAGGAUGUCAGCUUGGUCUUGCAGCUGACCAACCUUGCUUCGGUAGCCAGGAAACUGACAGCCAACAUGACCGCCUGGACCAUCAUCUAUACUGGAAAGCCGGUCCACGAGGUCUGGAAGAACACCCUCAAGGUGGAUCUUGGGCCCAAAGAAGAAAAAGCAUUUCCCAUCAAGAUUUCCUACGCCGAAUACCAGCAGCACCUCACAGCAGACAAUAUGCUCCGUGCGACUGCCUUGUGCCAGAUCAGUGAGGGGAAAGACACUGUGGUGGAAAGAGACAUCAGUCUGGACAACCCCUCAAUCGCCCUAAAGGUGCUGGGCCAGGCCAAGGUGGGCCAGGCGGUGAAAGUGGAAGUGAACUUCACCAACCCCCUGGACGAGGAGCUGAAGGACUGCAUCCUGCUGGCAGAGGGCAGCGACCUGCUGGCAGAGAAGCUCAGGCUUGAGGUACCCCCCGUGAAGGCCAAGCAGAACUCACACAUCCACUUUGAGGUCACUCCCAGCAAGGACGGGACGAAGCAGCUGCUCAUCAACUUCUCCUGUGACAAAUUCCAGGACAUCAAGGCCUUUGAGACCAUCACGGUGGCCGCCAACUGAUCUGGAGGCCUCCAGACAUACCUGUCCUGGGGCGCAAGAAGGAUGUGCUGUGAAAAGAUGUGGCCAAGGGCCAUUUUGUCUGAAUAGCAUGCAUUGAAUAU